AUGAAGUUCCAGUCAUGGCCAGCUCAUAUCACCAAGUGGAUACACAAAUCUCACAAUCCUAUUCCCCUUAACGCCAUCCACAAGAGCUAUAGCGCGCGCCCGUUCUCCGUGUCGACAACCUCUCCAUACCGAACCCUCGAACCCCUCGAAGAUGGCCAAGUCGACACUUUCCGCAAGCAGUGCUUCAAUCCCGAACAGCCCGGCUUACUCCCGCGAUCCCAAUUCCGCGACCUACCCGCGCUGAAGAACUGGUUCGAGAAUGACAACUCUCCGACGGUCGCAACUCGCUUGAACGUGAAAUAUCUGCAGGCCCACGCCGCCGACGCGUUUGUCCCGCUCGAACUCACGGAAAAGGACAGACAAGUCCCCAGUUCCAGCGGUGCAGGAUCACCCCCAGACACAACAGACGCUCUGACCUUCCGACAGUUCCAUGCGCCGCUCACCCUGUUCUUGGACUGGAUGCUCCUUGCAGAAACUACUCCUCAAUCGAGCCGACUUUAUUUAGCACAAUGUCAGCUCGUUGACCUUCCUAUAACUCUACGGGAAGACUUUUCAACACCGGAUAUUGUUUCCAAAGGCGGAAAGGGAGAUGUUUACGAUACAAAUGUAUGGAUCGGUCACCCGCCUACCUAUACACCGCUCCAUCGCGAUCCCAACCCCAAUCUGUUUGUGCAAUUGGCAGGAAGAAAGGUGGUAAGGCUCUUGGAACCUUCGAAAGGCCAGGCACUAUUUUCCGCUGUGCGAGCAGAACUGGGUAAAAGUGGUGGACGAGAGGCAGCGGCAUUUCGAGGUGAAGAGAUGAUGCAAGGUCGAGAGCGAGCCUUGUUGGAUGAGAUGGUGUGGGGAGCUCCGGCGUCUAGUGGCUCAACAGGCGAGUGUCAUCGCUAUGAAGCGCAUUUGGAAGCUGGCGACGGAUUGUUUAUACCCAAGGGCUGGUGGCAUAGUAUCAAGGGAGUCGGGGAGGGUGUUACUGCCUCGGCUGUUGAAAUGGUGAUGCCCCAUAGUAAGCGUUCGCGUAGAUCCGCACGUUCCAGAAUCAUCCUGGCUCCACCCGAUUUUCUUUAUUUCAUGAACUCCACCUCCCGCAUCGCAGCCCAUUCUCCUACCCUCGCCAUGCAGCUCUCGCGCCCUGUCUACCGCGCCGCUCUCCUCCACUUGACAUUCAACCCAAUUUUCGCCCGUGCUGCUGUCUCAAGCACCAGCGUUCUGAACACCGCUUCGUACAUCUCCCAAGCUCAUAACGCCAAUACCCGACUGCACAGUGUCCUCUUCCCCCAGUGCGCAUCUCCCUUCAAACCCCUCGACCAAACUCGUCAAGCACACACAAUGUCCUCAUCAGACCCUUCAAAAGAGAAACAGGGCUCCACAGAGUCCCAGCCCCAAGACGAGGCCUCUAAACAGCCCUCCGAGCAGCUCUACCUUCCUUCCCGCGAGACCGCAGACCAGUCACACCAGCUGGAUCUUAGUGCCGAAGGCGGCUCGACAGUUACGUUGGAUCAUUUGGGACCGAUGGUCGUUAAUAAGGAUGGGUCGCUCUCGCGGAUCUCAAAUUGGGAGAAUAUGGCGGAAAUUGAACGCAAGAAUACUCUGCGGAUAUUAGGGAAGCGGAACAAGCAGCGCCUUGAGGCGGUUAAGGCUGCUAGGGCUGCGGAAGAGCAGAAAUAA